CCUGUACGUGAAAGUAACACCUGUUGCCGGCGUUUUUUUUUUUCCUUAACGCUCAAAUUUCAGCUCGUUUGCAACAAAAGGCCCGCUUUUAGUAAGCCUGCACCGAGCAAACCGAGCCAAAAGUUGGACUGAAAGGAGCAAACGAAGGAUGUGUUUUUAAAGGGAAAUAUCACAGCGGCCUCCACAAACCGAGCUACAGAUUGAACAUGCUGCAGGUUGUGUGAGUGACAGAUAUGGGGUCAGCGAGAUCAUAUUUGCAGACUUUCACUGUGUUGGCACUUUCUUCCCUGUUUUCAACCAUCGAAGGUGCGAGGCCGGAGGUGCGUGGGAAGGUUGGAGGCGUGGUGGAGCUGGAGUGUAGUUUUCCUCCAUCAGAGCCACCUGCUGCGUCCUCAGUGUCCCUGCAUGUGGUGGAGUGGGUUCGACAAGGACAAGACAUCCCCGUCCUGAUUAAAUUUGGAUCCUACGCGCCUCGCCUCCAUCCAAACUAUGAAGGGCGGGCAUCUCUGGUACGAGUCACUGACCUGAGGCUGGACGACCUGCAGCUGGGUGACCAGGGCCUGUACGAGUGUCGAAUCCUCUUACUGGAUGAGCCCACGGAUGAGCUGCAAAACGGCACCUGGACUCGGCUCUCUGUAACUGCCCCACCCACCUUCACUGAAGCACCGCCUCCUGUGAUGGAGGCUCUGGUUGGAAGUCACCUCUCUCUUACCUGUGUUGCUAACGGCAACCCUACUCCAGUCAUCACCUGGUUAAAAGAUGGCAGUGUGAUUCCAAGACUAAAUUACCAGGAAGGAGCCUUAUCUCUGCGAGCAGUGAGCAUGCAGUCAGCAGGACAGUACACCUGCCACGCCUCCAACUCGGAGGGAAACGUGACUCGCGUGACGAAAGUGAAGAUCAAAGGCGCGCCCGUCAUUGUCGUCCCUCCCAAAAACACCUCUCUCAACAAGUCCCAGAAUGCACUUCUCCAGUGCCAGGCGGUGGCCGACCCCCCAAACAUGACCUAUGUGUGGCAGAAAGAUGGAGAGAACGUCCAUCACAUAGAGUCUCUGAAGUCGCGAGUGAAGAUCAUGGUGGAUGGGACUCUGCUCGUCUCCAGUCUCGUCCCUGAGGACUCUGGGAACUACACCUGCAUGCCGACAAAUGGCCUGCUGACCCCGCCCACCGCCUCCGCCAGGCUCACAGUGAUGCACCCAGCAGAGGCUCUCCCAAUGCCCCCGAAAACAUACCUUCCCACAGGUAUGGAAGGCGUGGUCACCUGCCCUGCCGCAGCUCAACCUCCGCUGCUCCGUGUGGAUUGGACGAAAGAUGGAGAACCCCUCGACCUGUCCUUGUAUCCAGGGUGGGCCUUGACUCCAGAGGGCUCUUUGCUCGUGACCACAGUCAAUGACGAUACAGCAGGCAUUUAUACGUGUACUCCAUAUAACAGCUACGGCAGCAUGGGUCCAUCUGGGGCUACUAAUGUAAUUCUGCAGGACCCCCCAUCAUUCAGCAUCACUCCGGAGAAGCAGUACAGACAGGAAGCUGGGAGGACACUGCUUAUCCCCUGUCAAGGAAACAAGGACCCCACAAUUAAAGUGACCUGGAGCAAGGUCAACUUGGUUCGACGCACGUCUUACUCCAUAGCACCCAAUGGUUCUCUGCUCCUGCAGCCUCUCACGAAGGACCAUCAGGGGGCGUGGGAGUGCACCGUUGCUAACCGUGUAGCCUCGGUGAAAGCCAGCACACAAGUCUUUGUCCUCGGAACCAGUCCCCAUGCGGCUACCUCGCUGUCCGUCUCUCCAGGGGUGAGGCAGGCCAACGUUUCCUGGGAGGCAGGCUUUGAUGGAGGAUCAGCACAGACAUUUUCAGUUUGGGUGAAGAAGAUUUCAGCGAGUGAUAAUGAUGGGAAGCAGGACUGGUUCUCUGUCCACGUGCCCCCCUCCGCUGGCAGCACGCUGCAGGUGACAGGCCUGUCUGCUGCCACCGACUACCAGUUCAGUAUCUUGUCGCACAAUAAAAUGGGCACAGGACCGUUCAGCGAGAUUGCCACCACUCGGACUUUGGAUUCUCCACCAAGCAGAAGGAAACUGAAGCCCCCUGCCUCGCUGUCAGCUCAUCAGGGCUCAGCAGGUGUCGUGUUGCGAUGGUCCCUUCCUGACGCCCAGCAUCCUCCCAUCACCAGCUUUGUUCUCCAAUCCCGCACCGAGCAAGGGGAGUGGUUUGAUUUGGACGAGAACAUCAGUGCCAACGGUAGCGAGAUAGUCGUUCCGGGUCUGCACAAGGACUGUGUGUACGAGCUGCGGCUGCUAUCUCGUCGCGGGGAGUUGCUGAGCGAGCCCAGUCCAUCAGUCAAUGUCUCAACCGUGGGGAUGGAGAUGUACCCCUCUACAUCCCGACUCCUGGAGUACGUCCCGGAGCCAUUACUGGCGGGCGUGCUGGGCGGGGUCGGCUUCAUGUGCUUGGCACUGGUCUUGCUGCUGGGGUCCGCCUGUGUCAUCAGCCACAAGAGGGACCGGCGUCGCAGAAAGAAGAAGGAUGAUCCCCCCUCUGCCAUCUAUAAAUGCUCCCCAUCAAUAAAGACUUCAGGCACUGGCAGUCCAGACAGUGUGUUGAAGAGAAGCCUACUUCCAGCCAGCGUCCUCUAUCCCACCACUUCCUCCACCACCACCACCUCCUCCUCAUCGCAGACAGACUGUUCCUCCUUUAGCACCGAGAAUCAUCAGCAGCGGAAGCAGCUCCUCUCCAACUUCAGCCGAGGCCGUCUCACUAGGACGACUUCUACACCCGUUUCCCCUCCGAUUGAGUUGAUCUCCAGAGGUCCGGAUGGGCGUUUUGCACUUCCAACAUAUGACAGUAACACGCUGAGCCAGAAAAGGUAUGACCAAGUCCGAAGGUCUGUGUCGUUGCGCUCGGAAAGGAGAGACGGAACGCAGCCGCCAUUCGUGCUUUCUGUUGAUCUGCCGCCUUGCAAACAAGCAGAGGCAAACUCUGAAAUUGACAUUUGUGGCCUUCCUAAUCAUCGCCCUUAUUUUUUAGAUCAGAAGUCAAGCUGUGAUGGCUUUCCUGACUUAAUCAGCAUGUGCUCAAACAGUACUUUGGCCACAUUCCCCCAUCAAGACAGAGAAAUAACUCCCACAUUCCCAGUGCUCCCGCAUAUCCGCUCCAGCCUAGGUCAGCCAUCAACGACCGCCAGCGCUCUUGUUCUCCAAAUGGAGCACGAGCGAGAGACGGGGAACCUGAGUCGCUGCCUGAAGCUGGCUCAGGAGCGGGAGGAGCUGGAGAGGGAGCUGCAGAGGUACACACUGGAAAGAGGCUCCAUGAAGAGGGGGCAUUCAGACGCUUCAGCUAAUGAGCUUAUGUGGGAAUGUAAGAGCAGCACUUUGCCCCUCAGAUACCUCCAGGGUGGCAGGGAGAGCUUUGGUCUGCCACAGAACCCGUUCACUUCAUCCUCCGAGCACUGGGAUCCCAAUCGUCCUGCCUCUCCUCUUACUCUGAUCUCAGGUGCGAGCCUUUCCAGAGCAUCCUCGAGUUCCUCUUUUCUCAAGUCCGGCCACCAUCGUCCCGCUCCAUCCUUCACCAAACAGACUCCCCUCCCAUCUGAGGAGGCAGGCAGUUUUUGCAAAGGCAGAUUAACUCUCCCACAUCUCUCCUCAAAGCACCAGAGACAUGAAAGGGUAGAGGCAGCACCAGAGGGCUAUGAUAAUUCACCACAAUCCACAGUCUUAGAAAUGCAAACGAAUGAUUCAUGCUCUGAGGCGCGAAGACAGAACAAUCUUAGUCAUGGCGGCCUUUCAGCGUCGUCUUUCCAUAGCGGUAAAUACAGCGAGAGAUCUAAUUCGGCUCUCGGUGCUGUGCCAGACUCUUCAAAAGCGGAGGUGGCGUUCCCCGGGCCCACUGAUGAAGACGUGGAGAUGAGUGUGGAUGAGCCAGAGUUGGAGGUGUGUGUGAUGCGGCCUACGAAGCCCAUGCUGCACCACAGAAUCGCCUCCCAUGUGCAACGAGGGCACUCGCUGACUCGCAGAAGUCGGCGUGAAGACGUGAGUAGGAGCUUUAACUGUCCUACUUCUGUGCAGGAUUUUAUCAGCGCUUCUCCGCAAACUCCAGAACUCUGUGCUGGGUCCCAAGAGUCCAAAUUCUGGCACUCAAAGCGGCGAAGUCAGAGCCUUGACUCGCGUAGACACAAAGAGAGCAGCUUUCUGACCCCUGAUGCGUGGAUUGACUCUCUCAGUCAGGAAAACUGCUCUGUUGCGUCCUCAUGUCGCCCUGACACUCUGUUCUGGGGACCCCAGAGUUCUCUGACCAGAAAAAUCUCCAAAUCUCCUGCAAAUUCUCCUUCUGCUACCCAAGCUGCGCCCCAGUCACCUCCUGCUGUGGAUGCUGCUUUAUCUCUGAGGAGACGAGCAGAAAGGCUCACACCAAAUGCUGACAUGCUUUGCCACUACGAGCCAACAAAAGAGGCGUCCAUCUUUCCGAAAGCUGCCAAACAGCCAGUCGACUAUCGAGCGGCCAUGAAAGAGGCAGAAGGUUGCUUAGACGCCAUGAGGGACGCUUCCAGAUGCAACAAUUUGCAAGAGGCACUCGAAGUAGAGGCGGGAGGCUACGAGGGAGUGCCAGAGUCUGGAAGCAGCUACAGCAGUUACGCUAGCAGCGGGCGAGGCAGCAUGGAGCCCGCGAACAGACGCCUGUCUCUGUGUCACCUUUCCCCAACUUUCACCAGCUCACCUGAGACUGUAGAGGAGAGCCAAGGGAGCACAGAGGACAAUCACAAAAUGGAACCAAGCCAAAGGAGAAAGGCCUCGGUUGAUGAGAACUAUGAGUGGGAUGCUGCUGAUUUCUGCUCACAACCUGGAGACCAUGAUGGUCUGCUUCCUUCAUUGAAUCUACUGAAGCCUGCGCCGCCGACGCCGUGCUGUAGUCUUCCCAGAAUGCAGUGCUCUACUAAUGCACAGAAAAAUUGCCCUCAGCGCUCUCUGCUCCUGGGGCAUCAAAGCGGCUGCUCUGCUGAGCCAGAACCAGACACCGUGCUGUUCUGA